AUGAAGUACUCCUACGCUUUCGCCCUGGCCGCUGCCCAGCUGGCUUCCGCCCACACCACCUUCCAGUCUUUCGUCAUCGAUGGCAAGGACCAGGGCCAGCACUUCGCUGUCCGCACUCCUUCCAACGGCAACAACCCCAUCAAGGACGUCACAUCCACCGCCAUGAUCUGUAACGGCGGCACCAAGGCUGACGACACCCUCGAGGUCGCGGCUGGCUCCGACAUCACCUUCCAGUGGCACCACAAUGACCCCGCCACCGGGUCCGGUGACGCUGACGAGCCCAUUGCUGCUUCCCACAAGGGCCCCGUCAUGGUCUACAUUGCCCCUGCCGAGUCUGACGGUGAGGGUGCCGUCUGGACCAAGCUCUACGAGGACGGUCUCUCCGGCGGCAAGUGGGGUGUUGACAACUUCAUCGCCAACAAGGGUCAGAUCACCAUCACCCUCCCUGACCUCGCCGCUGGCGAGUACCUCAUCCGCCCCGAGAUGAUCGGUCUCCACGAGGGUAACCGCGAGGGUGGCGCUCAGUUCUACAACGGCUGUGGACAGAUCAAGGUCACCGGCUCUGGCUCUGCUUCACUCCCUGCUGAGGGUGUCGACAUGACCAAGGCUUACUCUGCCUCCGACCCCGGUGUCCUGUUCGACAUGUACUCCGGUGCCACCACCUACGAGGUUCCCGGUCCCAAGGUCUGGGACGGUGCUUCCGGCUCGGGCUCGGGUUCCACUCCCUCCAAGACCGCUGCCGCCUCGUCCACUGCCGCUACAUCUGCCACCGCUACCAGCGCCGCUGCCCCCGCUACUUCUGCUGCCGCUACUUCUGCUGCUGCUGAGGCCACUCCCGUCCCAUCUGAGGCUGCCACAUCUGCCGCUGCUACCAGCGCUGCUCCCGCUCCUUCCGCUACCCAGGGCUCCGGCUCCGGCUCCGGCUCCUCCACUCUCCCUGAGGAGUUCACCAUCCAGGAGUUCAUUGCCUGGUUGAAGGAGACCACUGGCGCCACCGGUGCCUCCAAGGCCCGCCGCCACGCCCGCUCUUUCUUCGGUUAA